CGGUACCACCGGGGUAGGGGCGGGGGGCGUGUGCCGGCCCGGGCGGAACCAUGCGGAGGCGCUGGUAGGGGGGAUCCCGGGGGAGGGGGCUCGGUCCGGUUCCCGGUGCCGCUGCCAUGGCCUCGAACUGCGCGGGGGGCUCGGCGGCGGGGGGCGGCGGAGGAACGGCGCUGGGCGCGGUGCUGAGCGCCAGUAAAACCAAGACCAAGAAGAAGCACUUCGUGUGCCAGAAGGUGAAGCUGUUCCGGGCCUCGGAGCCGCUGCUCAGCGUCCUCAUGUGGGGGGCCAACCACACGAUCAACGAGCUCAGCAAUGUUCCUGUCCCCGUCAUGUUAAUGCCGGAUGACUUUAAAGCCUACAGUAAGAUUAAGGUGGACAAUCAUCUAUUCAACAAGGAAAACCUGCCAAGUCGCUUUAAAUUUAAGGAAUAUUGUCCACUGGUGUUCCGAAACCUCCGGGAGAGAUUUGGGAUUGAUGACCAAGACUACCAGAACUCGGUGACGCGCAGCGCGCCGGUGAACAGCGACAGCCAGGGCCGGUGCGGGGCCCGGUUCCUCACCACCUACGACAGGAGGUUCGUCAUCAAGGCGGUGUCGAGCGAGGAUGUAGCAGAGAUGCACAACAUCUUAAAGAAGUACCAUCAGUUCAUAGUGGAGUGUCAUGGGAACACCCUCCUGCCUCAGUUCCUCGGCAUGUACCGCCUCACCGUGGAUGGAGUGGAAACCUACAUGGUGGUGACCAGAAACGUGUUUAGUCACAGGCUGACUGUGCACAGGAAAUACGACCUGAAGGGCUCAACAGUAUCCAGGGAAGCAAGCGAUAAAGAGAAGGCCAAGGAUCUCCCAACGUUCAAGGACAACGACUUCUUGAAUGAGGGCCAGAAGCUGCACGUUGGAGAAGAGAGUAAAAAGAAUUUCCUGGAGAAGCUGAAGAGGGACGUGGAGUUUUUAGCUCAGCUGAAGAUUAUGGACUACAGCUUGCUGGUUGGGAUCCACGAUGUUGACCGAGCAGAGCAGGAAGAGAUGGAAGUGGAGGAUCGGGCAGAGGACGAGGAGUGUGAGAAUGAUGGGCUGGGAGGCAACCCCAUCUCCUCCUAUGGCACCCCCCCGGACAGCCCUGGCAACCUCCUCAACUACCCACGUUUCUUUGGGCCUGGGGAGUUCGAUCCCUCUGUCGACGUCUACGCCAUGAAAAGCCAUGAAAGUGCCCCCAAGAAGGAAGUGUACUUCAUGGCCAUUAUAGACAUUCUUACGCCAUAUGAUGCGAAGAAGAAAGCUGCACAUGCUGCCAAAACAGUGAAACAUGGGGCUGGGGCAGAGAUCUCCACCGUGAAUCCAGAGCAGUACUCGAAACGCUUCAAUGAAUUUAUCUCCAACAUCCUGACAUAGUCGUCUUCAGCCUUCAGCGAGACAUGAAGAGGAAGAGGGGGCUACUUCCAAACAGAGAACGCAGCCUGUGACACUAAAACAGACACUGUAGCAGCAUGUGGGGUGUGCGUGUGUGUGCGCGUGUGAGUGUGCAAGAGCGAGUGCGUGGCGCUGUGUGACUUAAAGAGAAAAACUCAUUCUAGGUGCACCCUCCAACAGUCCACUUGACCCAGGUGGAAAAGUGGGGUUUUUAUGUUACAGAAGUGCCCAGACACAGAUUUGAGGGCUUUUUAAAACAAGCAAAGUGCAUUGUUUCAGCACUGCUCUUUCUAAUGACGUUUUCUCCUCUCCGAUCAAGAGAAGCCCAUAGGGAUACGAUACAUGGCACUGUCUAGAAGGGGUCGCUCUAGAUCAUGUUCAGUGGGAGUGAAGCAGUGCCUGGUUCCACAAACUAUUUUAGGGGGUUUUUUAUUAUUGGACUGUCUUUACCCGAAAGACACACCAACCCUUUUAUUUCCCUCUUGGUAGGAAGUGGAAGGAAACUAGCUCACCAUUUCAAGGACAGAAAAUACUACUCUUGAUAAGGAGGAGUCGCUGAACUUUAGGUAAAUUCAGACUGGGACACUUUAUGCUUUUGGGUUAAUUUAAGUAAGACAAACUUUUGUAACUGCACUUGGUUUCCAAGAAAGAUGAGGGAAAUGAACAUCUACCAAAGAUGAUCACUUAAAGAGGUGUAACUCCUAGAGCGGAAAGAAACAGGUAUGAGAAGUGGUAGAGGCAUUGAAUGACCUCAGAUAAUAACGUGCUCGGACCCAUUGUGCUUUAAAUUGGCCAGCUGUGAUGAUUUCAUAAAAGGAAAAACUAAAACAAGGUGUUUUGUACCUGUAGAUAUGGGAUAGAUUGGACUAUCCCAAGUGUUUCCCUGUCGCACCUCAGGCAGGAAUUACCAUGUCUCUUAGGUGAGAGCUUAACAUCGCCCUUCCGCCAGUGUUAAUCUAGCUAAUGUUCAGUCUUCCUUACUAGCCCCAAUUGCAACAGGUACUUGAACUUGUUUCCUGACCGAGGUUCUUUGCUUAGGUGGUUCAUUGUUCACAUGGCAAUGUGACUUGCACACGAAGGAACUGGACUUCGCUACCAGUGGCGAGUGCUGGGAGCUGGGACUGUGGAGCGAGUCUCCCAGCUCCAAAGGACUCAGGACUUGAGCUGUGGUUGGUUUUACUCUUCUCUGCUCCAUACCCCUCUCUAGAGCAACAGUCAAGGAGUGGAAACGUUUGAACACUUGCGCCAGAUUAUCCCCCCCUUCCUCCCCUUUAAGGAAUUGGAACUGAUUGGAGUGACUGAAUAACGUCCUGUUUUGUCUCCAGAACGCUUGUACUAUUUCUCACAGCCAAGCUUGUCAGACUCGCUUUGGGUUUCGUUAGCUCUGCUGCACACCACUUACAGAUCUCUUGGUUCCUAUUUUUUAAUUGUCUUUCUCUUUUUUCGAAGCAGGAUUUAGUGUUUUGAACAAACCUCUUGCAGUUGAAACAUGUUGCUUCUCUGCCUUGAAACUGUUCUCACAUAUGCCUUUGUUUCGGGAAUAAGCUGUUUCGAAUGUCUGUCCUGUGCUGUAACACGUGCUACAGUUUGCUGUGUGGAAUUUGGUCCUUUUGAGAGAUAACUGGUGCUCAUCACAUCCUGGUAAUUUCCCUAGACUAACCUAGCUCUGGUCUGGAUUCUGAACGUGGGCUUGGGGUUCUCGUAGAUGUUCACACUCACCUUUGUGAUGUGAAUCCCACAGGUCUCAACUUCGAAGGGGACAAAAAGGGGCUGAAGUCUCAGCCCAUGAGAGUGCACUGUAAAUAGAAGUCUUUAAGAAAACAAGAAUUCACAUUAGGGGUCAUAACGGGAUCUGAAUCUUUUCCUUCAUUCAUGGGUCAUUCCCUUUGACACGGGACAGAUCUCCCUGUUCCGUGUGAGGUGGGGUUAACACACCGUUGUCUGGGAGGCCUGAGAGUCUCAUGUCUUAAGGUGUGUAGCUGGAAAAGCCACAAAACAAAUGCAGCUAUGAGAAUGCUUUGAAAAAGGGAGGACUUGGAGGGUAUCAUCAGCUUGGUUUUGUGGGCAUUAUAUUGGUUGCUUUUCUCUUAAAACAAUAAGCACUUAAGUUUACUACCGGAAAUUAAAUACCAAUCACUUUUUAUUCUUGACAGUUAUAAAACUCUGCAUUGAAUCUGCAACUUUGGCCUGGUAAGUUUGUAUUCUCCUUUGGGGAAACUAGCUGGGACCUUUGAAAGGCUUGAAAUCAUGCAUUUAUAGAGGAAAAA